AUGCAGCACUAUUUCUCUGUAGAUUGGGUCAAACAUACUCAAGUGGACAUUUCAAUAUGCGGAUUUACGGGACGUGUCAGUUAUCGGCGACUGUUUAUUCCGAGAUUGUUUGCAAAGGAUGCCUGCUGCGUCCAACUCUCGAUAACAUGUCAAAGCUCUGAUGAGAUUCGAUUGGAGUCUUCUGCUUCGCCUCAGUCUCGGAUUGCUUUUAAGCAUUGUCGUCCGAAAUCUUCAUAUCGGAAGUAUCAAGCUGCUUCUUGUACUUGCUGA